AUGAAGGCUCAUGUCCGCAAGUUUCACUCUGAGGCAGCCAAACGAAAAGCGUCCGUGAAUGAUGAACUAGACCGUUUGGAACUCUUGCAUGCUGACAAAGUUCCACGUUUGAACGUUGAAAGCCAGACAGGUGGCGCAGUAAUGACACGUGGUACCAAACGUAAGAACGAAGAAGAAGACUCCAAAAACAAUGUGAAAGAAUCUAAACCAGACGACACAGAUCAAACACUAGAUACUACGGAGGAAUAUGGUAGCGGGCCAAAUCCACUCUUUGUGGCGGAUGUGAAGAAAUUGGGACCAGCGAAACGCUGGAAAAACAAUGCCGUAGUCAAUCAAAAAUUUAUUCUGACCUUAGACCAACAACGCGCCGCUAAAGAUCACGAAGAUUUGAAUAUUGCAGCAACCCAUGCUAUAGCAACCGCAACAGAUAAUCUGAUUGAUGAAUUGAAAAUACCUUUCGAUUAUUGGAUGACACAUCAGAUAGGUAGUCGAAAGCAUCGUCGUGAGAGUUUGACAGGAGAAACAUGGAAAGUUCCCGUGGGUGAUUUUACCCAAAGAGCUCUGUUUACACAAGCAGUUUUGGCGAAACUUGCGAAUGUACUAAACAUUGGUGAGUUCAUUACGAAUGAUGUGGGUUUUUCAGCCUCAGUGCCAUUCAGCAGACCGGAACGAAAAGGUGGUAAACGAGCAGGUGCAGGACCAGGUCAGAAAAUUUGGGAUCACAUGGCGAAGGAAUCCAAGUGUGUGUGCGAAAUUAAAAACAAAGAUGAAUUGUGCUGUGCACGAGCGAUUGUGACAAUGCGGGAGUAUUCAAAAAGACAAGCAGGGGAAGAAAACACCUUUAAAAAUAUUUAUCAAGCACGGGGAAAAAAUUCGCAACAGACUGGACUGGACUGUUCUAUGUCGGACGAACAGGAAUGGCGAAAUGUCAUUAUGAAGCUGAAGAAAAAGAAAAACUUUUUUAUGAAGAUUUCACAAGUUUGUACCCAACCAUCAACAAGUACGGUACGUAUCCUGUGGGUCAUCCACAAAUCAUCGUUAACGUAGCGAGUCAAAACAUCCAAGAUUACUUUGGCAUUGCGUUGGUAGAUGUAAUUGCACCAGAAAAGUUAUUGCACCCAGUCCUACCUGUGAAGCUAAAUGGAAAGUUGAUGUUUCCAUUAUGUAAGAAAUCUGUAGAGGACCAAUUGGAAAGACAAUGGUAUGAAAGAACAAACCUCUGUCCACAUAGUGAUGAACAACGGACGAUGACUGGGACCUGGUGUACACCAGAAUUGCAAAAGACUGUGGAGAAGGGCUACCUACAGGAUACUCAAGGUUCAUGAAGUAUGGCACUUUCCUGUAGAACAGCGAAAGCAGGGUUUAUUUGCACCCUAUGUCAAUAUGUGGUUAAAGCAUAAGGCAGAAGCCAGUGGUUGGCCCGCUAACUGCGUGACAGAAGAACAGAAAUCUGAGUACUUGAGGCAAUAUGAAGAGCAUGAGGGGAUAAAGUUGGAAAAGAUUGAGAAAAAUCCUGGGAGGAAAGAAGUAGCCAAACUUAUGCUGAACUCUUUUUGGGGGGAAUUUGGUGAGAACGAGAACCGCGCCAAAACCAUAGCCAUCCAAGACGAAGACGUAUGGCAAGAAAUUGUUCAGGAGGAUUCAGUGAUUGUCAAAGAUGUACGCAUCUUCAAUGAGGAUGUGAUGGAAGUGAGUGUUUUGAAAACGGAAGACGCGUGUGAAAGUAGGGGGAAAAUAAACAUUUUCAUUGCAGCAUUCACAACCGCUCUGGCACGUCUCAAAUUGUACGCAGAAUUAGAAAGACUAGAAUAG